AUGGGCUCGAUUCUGAUUGGCUCCUGUUAUACUGUUAUUGAUCUUCUCAUGCAUGAUGGAGUUUCGACGCCUAGGUCGCUUGUGAUUGGUCGAGGACGAGAGGAAGUACCCAGCUGGAGUACCGGCACACUUCCUGCGGAAGAUGCAGGUCAACUCCUUCACUGUCGCAGCUGGCCGGAACAGAUCUCUUCUCAGUUCGGCCAUCAAGAUAAUCGAAGAGCUUGUAGCUCAAACAUACACACACACACACACACACAUACACAUACACAAACAAACACAAUUUAG